ACUGUAGGUAAUUUCUUUCCCAAUCAUCUGUUUUUGUAAAUAAAGAAAAAUUAAUACAUUUGUAUAUGAAAAUGUCUAAUUUAUUACGAUGUGUCGCUCAAACCAUAUGUCGGAAUUCCGUACAAAUUAACAGAAGUAUAACAACUACUUCCACUGUUUUGGUUAAAGAAAUUCACGAAAAAGUGGAGAAAAAUGCACUUAUCUUAGAGGCUGCACAAGUUCCAUCGCCGCGUGCUGAUCGUAUGCUGAAUGAAGCAUGCGGCACGCGUUUCUGUCCGGAAUGCACAUUAGGCCUAGAUAUCAAACAUACAGAUGUGCUUAUACUGUCUCAAUACGUGCGUUCUGAUGGUUGCAUGUUACCACGGCGUAUAACAGGAUUAUGCCAUAGGCAACAGAAACGUAUCGGUACAUUAGUAACUAUGGCUCAGAAGGCCGGUUUGAUGCCAAAUUUAGCUCCGGCAUGGAGUAAAAAGGAUCCAAAGAAACGUUUUGGUUGGAGGAAGUUUAAUAAAUAUUACCUUGAAGAGACGAUAAAAUACUGAAAUUGGAUUUAAAUGAAAGUUUAAUGUUAUUAAUUACAUAUUUACCUAAUAUAAAAUUUGUUAAACGAAAA